CAGGAAAAGAAGCCUGGUAAGGCGUGUCCUCGCUCUUCAUUCACUUUCUACCCCCAACCAUCAGCACCGUCUCCACCGUUUCCACCACCUCUAUCAUGAAGGCCCCUACUUUGGCCCUGAAAAGCAUACUUUUCCUGUGUCUUGCUCCUUGUCCCGCAUUCCCUUUGCAACUGCCCUUUCAAAGAAUAUUCAAACACAGCCAAGCUGACUCUUCGUCGCAUCCCAAUACCGAGACUUUGACACCCUAUACGACGCCAUGGGUUAACGAACUACAGGCCAUAUAUAAUACGUUUGGAGAGGCCAGGAACGAAUCUUUAUGUCCGACGUCGAUCCAGGAAUGGUCCUGCCAACCGUAUAAGCUUACUGAAAAGGACAUGGUCAGACCGACAAAUGUCUGGCGUCUUCGCCCACAUGACAUCAAAGCCGUGGUCUCUAUCGGGGACAGUAUCACAGCAGGCUUCGCCAUGGUAUCUGGUCGACCUCCCUUCGCAACAGUUUUGGAAUUCCGAGGCAAGGUCUUCUCAGGCGGAGGCGACAGCGACGAGCACACUCUCACAAACUUUUUGAAGACAUACACGAAGCACGUCAAGGGAAGCGCGUCUGGAUUCACACUCCCUCUUUCUGGUGGCAAAGGCCUCAACGCAGCUGUAAGUGGAGCUAUUGCCCAAACGCUUCCGUCACAGAUCGAACGAUUAAGGCUUUUAUUCGGGCUCGGCGGACUUUAUCACAAAUACAAAGACGAGUGGAAACUAGCCACUGUCUUUAUUGGCGCCAACAAUCUCUGUGCUGCAUGUGGGGAUGAUGAGGCGUUGUCCGAGAUCGCUGAUCCAGAAGAAUACGGUGCGGCUCUCAAACUAGCGUUGCAGCAGCUGAGGGAAUCCAUUGGGCCGACAUUCGUGAACUUGGUUGGCAUCUUCGAUGUGACCUUGGUCUAUGAACUCUCGCGUGGGUAUUCCUACUGCGAGCUACUCUUUGACAAGCUGCCUUUUCCUAUCUGUGGAUGCGCUACAGGUGAUGAAGCGGAUCGGCAAAAGGCUGGAGAUCUCUCCAAAAAGUACAAUGAGGUCAUGGAGAGGAUCGCCCAGGAAAUCAAUGAAGAGAGCAAGGACGAGGGAACGUUUGGCGUCGCGUUCCAGCCUGGACUUACGGAGUUCAAGGAUAGCUCAUCCGCUUAUGGGCAAGGAUACAUGAGUGGUCUGGACUGCUUCCACCCGAACAAGUGCGCCAACCAAGUUAUGGCGAUUGCGUUAUGGAAUAACAUGUUUUCGAGUCGCGAGGACAAGGACAGACCAAUGAAGCCAAGCGACCUUAAGAUCUACUGUCCAGGACCUACGGAUUAUUUCCAGUGAUCCCUUCACAGCUGACUCAAUACCAGCGUUCCUAUUCAUUAAAGUACUGAUGAUGUC